GCUUUUACUUCCUUAUUAAGCACCAUCACUUCGAUUUUGAAGGACUUGGGAUACUGAACCAAUCAAGCAAUCGUGUACUGAAAGAUGAUCACUAUCGGCGUCGUAAUGCGGAGCUAUCGUUUGAUGGGGACGAGUAGGCUCAUGUCAAGCUCAGCCAGUGCUGUGAAGUGGUGGGACCAUGUGGCACCGGCUCCCAAGGAUCCCAUUGCUGGCCUCACGGAGGCGUUUCUUGCUGACACUAGCCCCUACAAGAUCAAUCUUGGAGUGGGAGCUUACAGAGAUGAUGAGGGGAAACCUGUUGUGCUUCAGUGUGUUAGAGAAGCCAACGCGAAGAUUGCCGGUUGUGAUUUCUUCUUUGUCAGGGAGACAAUUCCUCAUGCAGUCAGCACAAAGCUUGUUGAGGAAAGCAUUAAGUUGGUUUAUGGGAACGACUCGGAUUUUGUAGAAGAAACGAAGGUUGCUGGAGUUCAAGCCCUUUCUGGCACUGGUGCAUGUCGUCUUUUUGCUGAGUUCCAGAAGAAAUUCUGUCCGAAAUCUCAAAUAUAUUUUCCUGAUCCAACUUGGUCAUGCCACCAUAAAAUUUGGAGAGAGGCUCAUAUUCCACAAAGAACCUUUCGAUAUUAUGAUCUUUGUUCUAAGGGCUUGAACUUUACUGCAAUGAUGGAUGAUAUCAAGAAUGCCCCUGAUGGUUCAUUCUUCCUACUCCACCCUUGUGCUCACAACCCAACUGGAGUUGACCCUACUGAAGAACAGUGGAGAGAAAUUUCACAUCUGUUCAAGGUAAAGAAUCACUUUCCCUUCUUUGAUAUGGCUUAUCAAGGUUUAGCAAGUGGAGACCUUGACAGGGAUGCACAAGUUAUCCGCAAGUUUGUCGAAGAUGGGCAUUUAGUGGGCUGUGCACAAUCCUUUGCAAAGAACAUGGGAUUAUAUGGACAACGAAUUGGUUGUCUUAGUGUUCUUUGCGCUGAUGCAAAGCAAGCAGCUGCAAUUAAAAGUCAAAUGCAGCAAAUUGCUGGUGCAAUGUAUGGCAGUCCUCCUGUCCUUGGCCCUUUAUUAGUUUCAGCAAUCCUAAGUGACCCAGAUAUAAAGGCUCUUUGGGCUACUGAAGUGAAGGCCAUGACAGAACGAAUUCGAAGAAUGCGGAUCAAUCUGCGAGAAAGCCUUGAGAAAUUAGAUUCUCCUCUCAAUUGGGAACAGAUAACAAACCAGGUUGGAAUGUUUUUCUUCUCUGGCUUAACUCCUGAUCAGGUUGAUUGUCUACGGAGAGAAUUCCACAUAUUCAUGAAUCCCGACGGACGUAUAAGCAUGGCAGGUGUGACUACAGGCAAUGUAAAUUACUUAGCAAAUGCUUUACAUGAGGUCACCAGAUUUAAUCAGGAGUCCUACGUUCUCACAAGUCUCCGCUCCGACUCUGGUUAACAUAGGAUGCUGAGUCCGAUGUUCUUUACCGAUAUCGACCUGGCAAAGAUUGAUCUAUGAUACAUUACUCCAUUGAAGUUUGCUGUGAUAGAUACAUACUUGAAGCUUAAUGUACCUAAAGUUAUUCUAGAAACAGAUGUAUUAAGACUGCACCAUUCAAAUGUCAUACUUUGUAAUGUAAUGCCAUCCAAGUCAUGGCCCA